AUGGAGCUCCAGGUGCGACUCAUCGAGCGUGCGGUCAGCGCCAGGACCCGGGCACGGGACAACCGAUAUACGCGGGCCUCCCCCGCUUGUCCCCAAGGCGUGACCGCUUCGGCCCCAGCGAUGCAGAGUGCCAGCGCCGUGGUUUCCGCGGCAGUCGGUGUGGUGGGAGGUGGCGGGGCUGGCCGCGAACCCCUGUGCCGAGUGUGCGGCGACCGGGCGUCGGGACGCCACUACGGCGUCGCCUCGUGCGACGGCUGCCGCGGGUUCUUCAAGCGCAGCGUCCGUCGCCAGCUGCAGUACGUGUGCAAGGAAGGCGGUACCUGCGUCGUCGACGUCGCCCGGCGCAACCAGUGCCAGGCGUGCCGCCUCGCCAAGUGCCUGCGCGCAGCCAUGAGGCCCGAAGAACGGGCCGUCUCGCUCGAGUCAGCCGGCUCAGAUGACCCGACCAUUCAGUACAACCUUUUGAUGCGUCAGGAUUGGUAA